CCUAGAAUGAGCCCAUUGGAAAAUAAUCUGAGAGGCGAGGAUUGGAUCGGUGGGCACAGCCUAAAAAUAGAAACAAGUGAAGAUAAUCAAAUGAAACUGAUCAAUGCUGUUGCGAGCAUAAGCGGGGCGGCCAAGAAAGAUCUACCUACAUCUUCUUAUAGCAUUAAUACGUACAAUGAUUUCAAAGGGGACGAUGAUUUGGAUGAGUCUGAUGAUUCAGAAGACGAAGAUGAGGAAGAGCCUCCUCAUGCGGCAAAGUGGAAACCUCCACCAAACUAUACAGGUGGAAAAUGGCGGCCAGCAUCGCCGGAAAAUGAUGAAUGGGAGAGACUUAGUAUAGAUGGACAAGACCGUGAAGAUGAUUACGACGCUCCGCCUCCUGACCAUACAAAAGGCAAAUGGAUCCCAGGCCAAGAGAAAACACAAAUCAUGCAAACAACGAUCCAAUCUAAAGGCUCCGUGCAAUACUGGUGUGGACCUUGUAAUCGCCGCCUGGGCUCUAGAGCUAUCUAUGAUAAACAUUUAAUGUCCAACUUACAUAUGAGAAAGGUACUCCCAGAACAUGAACUGGAGUUUGCUGGUCAUCUAGAACCGAUAAAAACCAUAGCAGAGAAACGCACUACUCGGUCCACAUUAUUUACGAAUGACAGUAUUUAUACACAAUUUCAUAGAAAGAGACAGAAAUCGGAAAACGCAAAGACAAUAACAAAGAAGAAGAGAAAAAGAAAGCCAAUUUUUGUGCAAUGUUCAGGUUGUAAAUCCCGUGUUAGGUUGCAUUUGAUGGGAAAACACUUGAUAUCUCACUAUCAUUUUAGAAAAGCCACUGAUAUGAAAAGCGUUGACUAUAAGCAGCUUAUUUUAAACAACAUGGAUGCUGUGGUUCACCAAUCACCAUUUCAGUGUAGCCCGUGCAAGUUUUAUACUAACUGGCUCUCGAAUUUUAUGCAACAUUGGCAUUCUGAAGAUCAUGAACAGAAAGUGGCAUCAAUGAGUGGCAGAUUUUGGUGUUCGUUUUGCAAAUUUGAAUGCGAUACAUCUCAGGAAAUGCGAGAUCACUUAUCUAGCUCAGAACACACAGAGGUGGUGGCAGUGAUCAAUAGAUCUAUGCCAAUAAUAAUCCGCAAGAAAUCAAUUAUAAAAUGCGAUACCUGUGAUACAGAAUUUCGGUAUAACAUAGAAGUAAAACAACAUUGCAAAAAAACUGGACAUGAAAUGGCAUACACUGCAACUGAUAUAUACCAAGAAUUGCACAAAUGCCAACACUGCAAGAAGAAGUUCAAAUCCUCUGUGUCUUUGUGCUCCCAUUUAAAAUCUGAGCAUAAAGCUAAAGUUUUCUUUUGUCUCGUAUGCUCUAGAGUAUUUAAUUCUUCAUCAGAGGCAAAACAGCAUCGACAAACGUCGGAACACAGAGUCCGGACGAAGGAGAAAAUGAUAGCUCGAGGCUUAUGUACUAAAGAUUUGAGAAAAAAAUGCCCAUACUGCCCUGGAAAAGUGAUUCUGAAGAACGUUAUUGAACUAAGAGAUCAUGUUCGAAGAAUUCAUCCCAAUAUAAAGAAAAAGAUUCCGAUACAAAAAGGCAAAACGGUACCCCAUUACGAAGACUUAGCAGCAGCAGUUGUAAUUUCUAGAGAUGAGGUAUCUGUGGCCGAAGACCACGAAGCUUCUUCUACACUGCUUUUAAGGCAGAAUCCGUUCCCGAGGUAUGGAAAAUUGUCACUGAAGAAAAAGAAGAAGUAA